AUGUCCAGUCGGUGGGAUUCCCCCAACGCCGAGCCGCAGGCCUCCGCUUCGUCCUCCUCGUCCGCAUCCACAUCUGCUGCCGCUGCUGCCGCUGCCGCAGCUGCCAAGAUUGCCGCUCAAUUCGCAACCAAAGCCCCCAACUCCAACCCCGCCGAGGCAUCCUCCUCCUCCUCCGACCCACAACGCAAAGAGCGAGAAACGCACGAUGCAGAGUUCACUCAUGACAUAGAGAUCAACGACCAGCGAAACCGCUACAUGCUCACCAAAGGUCAAACCCAACAACAGAUCCACCGUGAGACAGGUGCGAGCGUCACCACAAAAGGCACGUGGUACCCCGACAAGGCCCUCGCUACAAAGGAAGACCCGCCACUCUACCUCCAUGUCGAAGCCAUCUCCCAACAGAUCCUCGAUGCGGGAAUCGCAAAGAUCAACGAAUUCAUGGCACAGGAAGUGCCCCAACUCGUCGAAGAUCGUCAUCAACGCAGACUCGAUUAUGAGAGUCAGAGACCACCGCCUCGAGAGCGACGUAGAUGGCCCGAGGAAAAAGUGCCCGUCAAUCUGGAGAGUAUACGCAACUUCAACGUGAGGUCAAAGAUCGUCGGUCCGGGAGGAAUGUUUGUCAAGUACAUCCAGAACGAAACGGGGACGAGAGUUCAGAUCAAGGGUCUGGGAAGUGGGUUCAUCGAGUCUGAUACGGGGAUGGAGUUGAACGAGCCCAUGCAUAUCGCCAUCGCUGGUCCUGAAGACGAGCAGAUUCAAGCUGCCAAGGUGUUGGCGGACGACUUGAUGGAGGUGGUGCGCGCCGAGUGGCAGAAAGCGUACGAUGCCAUGGGGCAAGGAUACGGUGGUGGAGGUGGAAGGGGUGGGUAUGGUGGUGGCUACGAUGGCGGUGCUCCCAGGGGUGGGGGAUACGGUCGAUCGCAGGGAUACGGUCGAGGUGGCAGUCCCGCCGGAGCAGGCGGAUAUGGUGGUCAUCAGCAGCACCAACACGCAGGCUACGAUCAACAGCGUGGAGGAUGGAACCAGCAGCAGCAGCAACCAUACUCCUACAACUCUAGGCACAACGGCGAUCCUGCUCCACCCACAGACGACGGCGCUCCACCACCUCCACCACCAGAAGACGAUGCUCCUCCUCCUCCUCCCACAGACUCUGCAUCCUAUCGAUCCGCAUCCGCCUCCCACUAUCAGCAGCAGCAACGGAACGGAACCUCGCAGCACGCUGCCGCCUCUCCCAUCGCUUCACAGAGUCGUGCACCUGCUGCAGCAACACCGGCGAAAUCGCCAGAGGAGGAAGCACUUGACAAGUACUGGCGCGAAUACGUGCAGUGGGAAGACAGUUUCCGCGCCUAUCACAGUCGUGCACCUACUAAGGACGAGGGUGGUCAAGACGUGCCGCCGCAGUAUCGCAAGUAA